AUGGCAGAGAUAUCGGCAAAAUCUAUAAAGAGUGAUCUCGAGGAUCUCACUAGUCAAAAAUACUCGUUUCUUCGGGCAAGGCAAGACUUUGAAAACUCGAAUGUCCUGAACCCAAAGGGAGUCGAAGCGGGCGUCGACGAGUGGAAACGUAUAUUUUCCAGACUCACCUUCGACUACCAAGAAAGAACAAUAAGAGAGGAGUUUCUACGUAAGCUAUCGUCGCUUAGCAAGGACCAGUUGCUGAAGAUCAACGACGAAGUCAAACAAGCCCUUGAAGUCGAGUUUGAGUCGGCAAGACAAAAGUCAAAUGAACUUGAAUCUGAGAGGAGGAGCAAAAUCGACGAGCUCGUGGUGAUAUCAAACGAGGUCAGCUCGUUAUAUACUCAGUUCCAAACUAGCAAAUCUCAGAUUGAAGCAAAUGUGGCCGAGGCAGCUGCGCUAGAAGAAGAGAUUGAACACCUCUUGAACGAGGAAAAUAUAGACAAGGAGGUCUUGCGGUAUAUGCUAGAUAAUGAAGUGGAAGAUUUGCGCGCGCCGCCACUGCAAGAAAGCAAAGACGAAGUUGAGGAUGAAGUGAAGCAGGUUGAGGUGGAAAUCGAAGGCACGGAGAACCGUUAUCAUGAAGAGGUGAGGAAAUUGGAAGCUUUGGAUGAAAAAAUCAAACUGUUGCAAGCUCAAAUACAUGGUAAAGAACCUGUCGACAACGAACUACAGAGACAAACUUUGUGGUUUAAGGAAAUGACUAGGAUUCUAACAAGUUUGGGAGGAGUGGAGACUGCGGAUUAA